AUGUUCACUUUUGUUGUUAUGCAUCUUGUUCAAGCUCAGGAUCAACAAGGAUUCAUCAGCUUGGAUUGUGGAUUAGAACCUAACAAGUCUCCAUAUCUCGAACCCACAACCAAAUUGAACUUCUCAUCUGACGACAAUUUCAUCCAAGGUGGAAAACGUGGUAGAAUUGCGAAUGAGUGGUGGUAUGACUAUAAACAGUAUAAUGCUUUGAGAUAUUUUCCAGAGGGAACACGGCACUGCUAUAAUUUGAGUGUCAAGCAAGGCAUCAAUUAUCUAAUUAGAGCUGGUUUCGCAUAUGGAAAUUAUGAUGGCAAGAAUACCUAUCCCAGAUUCGAUAUACACAUUGGGCCUAAUUUGUGGGCUACAGUGUCUUUUGAAUAUGAUGAUCAACAAGAAUUUGAGAUCAUUCACAUGGCAAAGUCAAACUCCUUGCAGAUCUGCCUUGUCCAGACAGGAACAACUACACCUUUCAUAUCAACCUUGGAGCUACGUCCUCUAAGAAGUGAUGCUUAUUCCACGCAGUCAGGAUCUUUGCAAUUAGUAAGUCGGGAAUUUUAUAAGGAAGCUGGCUCAAGCAUACGGUAUGUUUAG